AUGUCGCGUGUCCCCUCUCAUGGCGGGCAUGGCGCGCCCAUGCAACCGAUGUAUUACUCUGGCGUCCCGCCCGGGGCCGUCCCCGCGCAGAUGAACUAUGUCGACCCCAUGUCCGCAUACGCCGGACGCGGGUAUCCAUCCCAGCCGCCUGUCCAGUCCGCCCCUCCGUUCCAGCAGGGCGACUACAAUGCCGCUGGCCCUAGCCGGGAACAGUAUCCCUAUCCGCAGUCGCGCGCGACCUCGUGGGGCUCGAUCCCGAAGAAGGAGGACGUCAAGGCGGAGCCCGCCUCGGCGACGCAGGGUGGGCAGGGCGGCCCAUCAGCAGGUGCUGCAUCCGGCGCUGCUGGCGGUGCCGGUGGAGCAGGCGGUGGCGGCCAGCAGCCCGGCCCGUCCGAGUUCAUCAAGAAGCUCUUCAAGAUGCUCGAGGACGAGAGUGCGCAGUACGGGCGUGGCAAGCCCCCCGGCGCGCCGCGACUAAAGGGCGAGCGCGGAAGCGUUGGAUGGGGCCGCAAGGGCACGUCGUUCGUCGUCUGGGACAUGAACGAGUUCACAACCAAGGUCUUGCCACAAACGUUCAGGCACUCAAACUUCUCGUCUUUCGUCCGUCAACUGAACAAGUACGGGUUCUCAAAGCAUGUCGACGAAGAGUCGGGUCAGAUCAAGGAGAACGUCUGGGAGUUCCAGCACCCCAACUUCCAGGCUGGCGGCAAGGCCGAUCUGGACAGCAUCAAGCGCAAGACGGUCGGCCCCAAGAAGGGCAACAACGAUGAUCGAGAGGGCUCGCCGAAUCGUGGCCUCAAUGCCGAGGAUGCGAACCGGCUGGCGGAGAUGGAGAGUAGGGUGCACACUCUCGAGGAAGCCCUCGUCCGGACGCAGGAGCAGCUCCGCGAUUCCCGGAGUCGAGAAGGUGGUAUCCUUGCACUCAUGCGAGAUGUGGUGUCCCACCUCGCUGCGUCCAACAAGGAGACCACACCAACAGAGGACGCGAUGGGUCGUGUAAACCGUCUCCUCUCCCUGUUCGAGCAGGUCGCCCAGUCCCACGCCGUUCCGUCACCAGCUCACGCCGCUUUCGUCAAUGCGCCACCGAGCGCUGGCUACCCUGCCAAUUACCCUUCCGGUGGUGCGGCGUAUGGGGGUGGCCUUCCCUUCCCUAACGUCGGCCGCUACGGAAUCCCUCCGCUGCAAUCGCCUGCUUCUGCAACUUCGGCGGGGCCCGUUCCCGGAAUACCGCCCAACGUUGUUCCCCGACCCGACCCUGUUCGCCAAGCUGCCGCGCAGAGUGUCCGAGCACAGGGACCGCGCCGGGGAAAGUCGCGGGAGGACGUACCCAUGUACAACGGAGACGUCCCCGGGCUGAACCCGAUCAUGAACUCGGGUCAGCCGGCCCAGCAGCAGAGCCCACAGCAGCAGCAGGCCCAGCAACAGCAGGCCCAGCAGCAGCAGCAACAGGCUCAACAGCAGGCUCAACAGCAGGCUCAACAGCAGGCUCAGCAGCAGGCUGCUCAACAGGCGGCGCAGCAGCAACAGCAGGCUCAACAACAACAGCAGCAGCAGCAGCGCAACUUCAGCAAUGGUUCCUACCAGCAGGAGACCCCGACCCAGCCCGUGACGUCCACCAUGCCGCAAAACGAGGACGUUGACAUGUCGGGUGCUGCGAACGCGGCUGCUGUCGCAGUCAGCGGUGUUAGCGCCGCCGCCAAUGCUGCGCAGCAGUCUGCCGAUGGCAGCGGCAACGUUGCCGCCGCGAACGGCACUGGCGCUCAGCCUGUCGCUCGCCGCGCUUCGAUGAAGCCGUCUUGGACGCAGACCCCUCGCAUCCUCGUCGUUGAGGACGACGUUGUGUACCGCCAGCUGUCGAGCAAGUUCCUCGAGAAGUUUGGCUGUAUCGUCGAGACGGUCGAGAAUGCGCAGCAGGGUAUCGAGCGCAUGAACACGGCCAAGUUUGACCUCGUGCUCAUGGACAUCUUCUUCGGCCCCAGCAUGGACGGACGCAAGGCGACGAGUCUUAUCCGCCAGUUCGACAUGUACACGCCGAUCAUUUCGAUGACCUCGAACGUGCAGACAAAGGACGUCGACUCGUACCUGCAGUCUGGAAUGAACGACGUCCUCGCCAAGCCGUUCACGAAGCACGGCCUGUUCUGCAUCCUCGACAAGCACCUGAUCCACCUGAAGGCUCUGCAAAUGAGCGGCGAGGUGCCGCGCACGAUCGGUGUUCCGCCUCUAUCGGACCAGGGUGUCGUCGACGCCCUCACGACCAACGCCGCGCAGUGGGAGGCGGGCAACGGCGCCGAGCUCGGCAACCCGCUCGCGGGCAGCGGUUGGUCGGACGAGACGUACCAGCUGGUUCUGCAGCAGUUCCUGCAGACUGGUGCACUUCCCGAUUCGACUGCGCUGUUGUCCAACGGUUUCAGCGCGACCGCCAUCCCGGGUGCCGCUGCCAGUGCCGCCGCCGCGGCGAUCCAGGCGGGCAACCUGAACGCCGCCAACGGCAUCGGCACCAACGUCGUCUUCUCUGGUCUCGGCAUGAAGCGCCCGAUAGAGGAGAUCGAGGAGUGGAAGGAGAACGUCAACAAGCGCCAGCAGGGCGCGCCCGUCGGCACGAUAACGGAGAUGGCGUAG